GCGCAUGCGCAGGAAGGCCGGCCUCUCUGGACCCUGCGCACUGUGCCACGUUUGUAGCGGCAGGCACAAAACAAGAACGACCAACCCCACUGAAAAAGCGAAAUAUCGCGUCUACGUCCGUCCCCCCCCCGGUUUUGUUUCGUUCAUAGCGUGCCUUGGUGACACUAGCUGCCCAGAUUUAAGCGUCUUUUUCCGUAUUGUGGAGGACUGAAGUUGCAGGCAUGAUGUUGAAGUUUGUCUUACUGUGCGCUCUGGCCGUAGCCAGCAGGGCUGAGAUCCCCGAGGAGGAGGACGUGCUGGUCCUCAAAAAGAGCAACUUCGACGAGGCUCUGCAAGCUCACCCCAACCUCAUGGUGGAGUUCUAUGCUCCCUGGUGUGGCCACUGCAAGGCCUUGGCCCCUGAAUACGCCAAGGCAGCUGGCAUGUUGAAGGCAGACAGCUCAGACAUCCGGCUGGCCAAGGUGGAUGCCACCGAGGAGACGGAGCUAGCGCAGGAAUUUGGUGUGCGAGGCUACCCUACCAUCAAGUUUUUCAAGGGAGGAGAGAAGCAGUCACCCAAAGAAUAUUCAGCUGGCAGACAGGCUGAUGACAUCGUGAGCUGGCUAAAGAAGCGUACAGGCCCCCCUGCCAGCAUGCUGACUGAACUCACCCAGGCAGAGUCCCUGAUUGCAGACAGUGAAGUCACAGUUAUUGGCUUCUUCAAGAAUGUGGAGUCUGAUGGUGCCAAAGCUUUCCUGAAGGCUGCUGAAGCUGUAGAUGACAUUCCUUUUGGCAUCACUUCAGAAGAUGCCAUCUUUUCCAAGUUUGAGGUGUCCAAGGAUGGCGUUGUCCUCUUCAAGAAGUUUGAUGAGGGCCAGAACACCUUUGAUGGGGAAGUCUCCAAGGAGAACCUCCUGAGCUUCAUUAAGGCCAACCAGCUGCCCUUGGUCAUUGAAUUCACAGAGCAGACUGCCCCCAAGAUUUUCGGUGGGGACAUCAAGUCCCACAUCUUGAUGUUUGUGCCCAAGGCAGACUCUGACUUCCAGGACAAGUUGGGUCAAUUUAAGAAGGCUGCAGAGGGGUUCAAGGGCAAGAUCCUCUUUAUCUACAUAGACAGUGACCUGGAUGAUAAUCAGCGCAUCCUGGAGUUCUUUGGGCUCAAGAAAGAUGAGUGCCCUGCAAUUCGUCUCAUUACCUUGGAGGAUGAGAUGACUAAAUACAAACCAGACACUGAGGAAAUUACUGCAGAAAACAUAAUCUCUUUCUGCACGCGUUUCAUAGAGGGCAAGCUGAAGCCUCAUCUGAUGAGCCAAGACAUCCCUGAGGACUGGGACAAAAACCCUGUGAAGGUGUUGGUUGGGAAGAACUUUGAGGAUAUUGUCUUCAAUCCUACCAAAAAUGUCUUUGUUGAAUUUUAUGCACCCUGGUGUGGCCAUUGCAAACAAUUAGCUCCUAUCUGGGACAAACUGGGUGAGAAAUACAAGGAUAGUGAUAGCAUCAUUGUGGCCAAGAUGGACUCUACUGCCAAUGAGGUGGAAGCAGUCAAAGUUCAUAGCUUCCCCACAUUGAAGUUCUUCCCUGCAGGAGAUGACCGCAAGGUGAUUGACUACAAUGGUGAGAGGACACUUGAGGGAUUCACAAAGUUCCUGGAGAGCGGAGGCACUGAUGGCGGUGCACCAGCUGGAGAAGAGGAUGAAGAUGAUGAUCUUGCAGACCUUGAUGACCAGCAAGAAGAUGAUGAUGAAUCUGAUGGUGAAGGACAUGAUGAGUUGUAAGAUUCAUCUGGGGAGGAAUCCCACCCUCUCCCUAUCCUCCAGCCGAAAUGCCCCUCGGCCAGACGCCGCUAUUCUUUGAACACUAACCCUUCUCUACCCAAAUAUUUCCAUCACUGGGUGUCAGGAUGCCCCACCUGCACAAAGGCACCAGUUCUUCAACCUUGCAUAUUAGCCCAGACAGACCCAUCUGUCCUCACAGGAACUGAGCACUGAAAUGGCACCUCUGGGGGUGUCUGAAAUUCUGUAUAGGUUUAUUUUUUUAUUAAAACUCCCCCAGACCAGCUCUGUAAUGGUACUGUACAAACCUUAGCCAUGUUGAGCAGUGAUAUCACCCCUGUUCAUUUUUUAUGUAUUCUUCCCUUAACCCCUCCACAGUUUUUGUGUGUGUAUAUGUGUAUACAUCCACAGGCAUAUUUAAACCACACAUGAAUAUUUGGGGGUCUUUGUAAUUAGGAUGUGUUGACUAAUCUGGGGAAGGAACAUGUUGUGCUUCUCAAAGACCAAAUAAGAGUUGAGGGAGGUUCUUUUUCUUUUGGGUCUAUAAUCAUUUUAGGGGUUUCUCAGUUUGCUGAAAAAUGGAUGCCCCUGGUAGCUUCACUGUGGGUGUAUUAAAGUGUACACUUCAAGCCUGAGGUUUGCAGUCAAAAACUUUGUCUGAACCAGAUGUUUUUUUUUCCAGAUUCAGUGUAAUGGUCCCCAUGGAUCAACAUAUUUAAUUUUAUUGGAACUUUAUUUUAAUCAGUCUUGAUGAUCCAGUACUCCCACCUGUUAUGUCUGUGUGGGCUAGUACUGGCCCUUGUAACUUCUCUGCUGAGAACAGAGGUAACCCUUGAGUCUGGAAGAUCUUCCCAUGUGCCAUCUGAGAUUAGCUUGUUACUGAUGAGACAGGAUUUAUUUGGAGGGCUUCCAGAUCUGAAAGGGGGGGCUCUUCUGAUUCUGGGGCAGGAACAUAAGUAAACCCCAUAUCCCCACUCCCCACAAUCCAUCCUUGUACACUUGCCCUCCCUUGACUUUCUCUUCUGGUGUCUUGGCUUGUACUGUGUAUGUGUGGUCCAGAUGUUUGGAAAAAAGUGGUGUUCCAUGAAUGAGUUCUGGUUCUCACAUUCUGGGAUAAGGUUUUUUUUUUGUGUGUGUGUGUCCAGGGUGGAGGGGGGCUAUGGAAGAGGGUGGGGGGGGUGGAGGAAUGGUUUUUGAAAUGCAGUAGGGUGGGAAAUGGUGGUUGGGGUAGGAAAAACGAAGCAUUCCAUCACAAAUUGAGAAGUAAACUGGUGGCCAAAUAAAAAAAAUUGAGAAAAUUCA